ACAUUGGCCAGUACGCCAAAGGCACCUAGAUCAUCGUCCUUGAAGAGACCCCCUCCUCUCCAGCCAUCGCCGUCAGGUACUGGAUUUGUUAAGCCCAAACCCAAGUCCCCAACGCGCCCCGUCACCCUACCACCGAGUUUGACCACGCAUACCGCCGCGUCGGGGUCCAAAGUCAAUGUCCCGCGCCAGUCCGUUUCUCGGGCUAGCGGCGGCAUUCACACUGUCGAGUCGCUUGGACGCUCCCCUAGCAGGGGUAGCAUUUCGACUGUGGCAACUUCAACCAAAACAGGCGAGACGAGGGGUCUUAAGAGGCAAAGCUCGACUAUCAAUCGGCCACGGCCGAGCCUGGGACCCCCUCCAAAGCAGGUCUCGAAGGACCACCCGCCCAUCAAGAAAGACAAGGAAGUCGAUGAGAGUUUCCUCGCACGCAUGAUGCGGCCCACGCAAGCAUCGUCGUCCAAGACUGCCGAAAAGGUGCCCACAACGCCACCUCGCAAGCCGUCCCUGGCUCCGGGGGCGAAGAAGGGG